GUCCCAAGUGAAAGGAAGAGUGGGAAGCGAGUCCCUGGUGGCCGGGAGGCGGCCGACCUUAAAGGAGCUGCCACUGUGGCUCUUCUAAAGCCUGGUCUGUUUGGAAAAGCAAAAGCGAAGUAGGGAAAAUGAGUGGCGGUGCAAGACGUGUGGUCCCCAGAAGUGGAAGGGGCAGGACGGGCUCAGCAGAGUAUCCUGCUUGUGGUCGUGAUGGUGCUGAGAAUUACUGCCUGCUAGAGAUGCCGGCCUAUAGAGGAUCCAGUCUCCCUGACACGCCCCCUUCCUUGUUAUAAAGGAGAAGGAGUCCAGGCCCUAUGCGGCGACUAAUUUGUCUAAAGUCACACACCUACUACUUGCGAAACGAUGACUUUAACCCAAGCCUUCUGACCCUGGUCUGGCCUGCUUUGUACCUCGUUUAUAGGGCUCUGACGAAGAAAGAUAAGACUGCAAAAGGUCAAACUGGAGAAAAUUUGAAUGUUCAUCUCAGGCGAUGGACCUUUUCAUACGGCAGUUAAAGAGACCCUGAAAAUGUUUGAGCAGAUUGAAACGGCCAGGACCAUGUCAAAUCGUCAUCUGGAGCCACAAAGGAAUCCUACUGGCAUUCUGAACAAAACUGGGGUUCUGCUAGUGAGGAUGAAGGAGAGAAUUGGUAACCCACUUCAUCAAAGUAUAAUAUGUGUACUUAUGGAAAGUGCCUGCUUGGGGUCCUUCUUCCACCCCAGGCUGCAGAAUAACCAAGUGCUGGGAAUUGGAAGUGGCUCUACAAUCGUUCAUGCUGUACAGCGAAUAGCUGAAAGAGUGAAACAAGAGAAUCUGAACCUUGUCUGCAUUCCCACCUCCUUUCAGGCCCGUCAGCUCAUCUUGCAGUAUGGCUUAACUCUCAGUGACCUGGACCGACACCCAGAGAUCGACCUCGCAAUCGAUGGUGCCGACGAGGUAGAUGCUGAUCUCAAUCUCAUCAAGGGCGGUGGAGGCUGCCUGACCCAGGAGAAAAUUGUGGCUGGCUAUGCCAGUCGCUUCAUCGUGAUUGCCGACUUCAGAAAAGAUUCAAAGAACCUUGGGGAUCAGUGGCACAAGGGAAUCCCCAUUGAGGUCAUCCCAAUGGCCUAUGUCCCAGUGAGCCGAGCUGUGACCCAGAAGUUUGGGGGCGUGAUUGAACUUCGGAUGGCCGUCAACAAGGCAGGUCCCGUCGUGACGGAUAAUGGAAAUUUUAUCCUGGACUGGAAGUUUGAUCGGGUGCAUAAAUGGAGUGAAGUGAACACAGCUAUCAAAAUGAUCCCAGGCGUGGUGGACACAGGCCUUUUCAUUAACAUGGCUGAGAGAGUCUACUUCGGGAUGCAGGACGGCUCCGUGAACAUGAGGGAGAAGCCUUUCUGUUGACCGUGCAGGAGCGAACUGUGUUCACCUUGAGCCCCCGGCCCACAGCUGAGGUGGACAUGCCUCUCCAGGAGCCUUUGCCUUAAUGUCUCUGUGCCAGAUAGACAGCUGGCAGGGUGGGGGUUGGGGGGUUAAAUCCAGUCUUCUGAAGUAUUGUUAUUUAAUGUCUUUUUAAAAAGAGAAAUAUAAACCUAUAUAUUUUUACUAUUAAAAAUACUGUUUUUUUUUAAUAAAGUAGAACUUGAUUUCAUGUUUUAUAUGAAACAUUUACCAAAAAAAAAAAAAAAAAAGGGAACCGUCUUUUAAACUUUUAACUUGAGCCUGCUGGUUAAGCAUCUGAAUAUUGGGUUUGCUGAGAAACGUAAAUCAAAACUUUCCUUUAAACUGGUGAAAUGAAGGGCCCAGCCAGCAGUGAUUCCCUGAUGCCUUACUGGAAACAUUAGAGUUUACUUUUCUACCACGCCGUCUUGUCUUUAGUUUUUGUUGUGAUCACGUACAAUACUUAGGUACAUAUUUUAAGGUGAGGUUUACAGAAGUCUGGCGAGUGGAGCAGUGUGGUGUAGAGUGACUCAGAGUGUAAACCGUCAGGGAGAACAUGUGGUUCUUUUGCUAAGACCUGGGGGUUCCUUCAGACCCCUGUUGUGGGAAGCAAUUGGCCAGAAAUACUUGCCAGUCCUGCCAAAGCACUGCUGUGAAAUGUGAAAUACCUUGAAGUACUUGUCUUUUUGUUAUUGUUUCUCUUCCUUUAUUAUUACUUGCAUGGGGCGUCAGAAGCUGUCAUCUCCUCGGACUGUUUGAGGGUUGAAAUAAAACAGUGUGGUGCCACCUUGA